CGCCCCGUCCAGUCUGGCCUGGGCGCUUGAGGGAACGCUGUCCUAGUCACCGCCAGCCGAGCAACCUGUCCUGGUGCCCACCCCGGUGCCCUGCCCCGCGUUCAGUCAUGACCCUGCGCCCCUCACUACUCCUGCUCCAGCUGCUGCUGCUCAAUGGGGCGAUGUGCCGAGCUGAGGCGGGGGCCGAAACCGAAAGUCCUAUUCGGACCCUCCAAGUGGAGACCCUGGUGGAGCCCCCCGAACCGUGUGCCGAGCCUGCUGCCUAUGGAGACACGCUUCACAUCCACUACACGGGCAGCUUGGUAGAUGGACGCAUUAUUGACACCUCUCUGACCCGAGACCCUUUGGUGAUAGAACUUGGCCAAAAGCAGGUGAUCCCAGGGCUGGAGCAGAGCCUUCUAGACAUGUGUGUGGGAGAGAAGCGAAGGGCAAUCAUUCCUUCUCACUUGGCUUACGGAAAAAGGGGAUUUCCACCAUCUAUCCCAGCGGAUGCAGUGCUGCAGUUUGAUGUGGAGCUUAUUGCACUGAUCCGAGCCAACUACUGGCAAAAGCUGGUGAAGGGCAUUUUUCCUCUGGUAGGCAUGGCUAUGGUGCCAGCCCUCCUGGGCCUCAUUGGGUAUCACCUAUACAGAAAGGCCAACAGACCCAAAGUCUCCAAAAAGAAGCUCAAGGAAGAGAAACGAAACAAGAGCAAAAAGAAAUAAUAAACAAUUAAAACAAACAAACAAACAAAAAAAA